UCUGCCUCCCCAGGGCUGGAAUUUGCAGGAGGGCGCGGAUUUGCAGGGGGGCACCAAGCUGUAAAUGAGGAUAAUGGAACUCAAACUUGCUCAAAAACUGCUCUUCCUGUUAGGGCGCCAUUCCUGUUAGGGUUUUUGCUUUGUGCACCUUUGGUGGUAUUGUCUGCCUCGAAAUCUAGAAGCUUCCACUUGUGCAUGCCGAGGCUUUAGCCAGGGCCGCUAGGUGGGCGCGGGGACGACCUAAAAGACCGCGCUGGGUGGAAGUAAAUUUCACGUUCCAGCGGGGGGUGGGGGGGUGGAUGCUUUGUCGUUGCCAUGGAUUCGAGGAAGCCACCUUGUACUGGGAUGGGAAAGCCUGCAGGAACUUCGCCAUCUCGGGGCAUCCGUAGCUUGCAUUGGGCUCAGGAGAAGCCAGGGAGGCGGGACUUCCGGCGGUCUGGACUGUCACUUUGCUGACCGGCUUCAGGCCACACGGGUGAUCCUGCCCCGCGCGUGAGAGGUUGAGCCCAUUCUCCAGCAGGCUCCUGUGGGGGGACCCAAGACUCGCGGCUGCACGCUUCGGGCUGCGGCUGUGCACACGUCCGGGACCCCGAGCUGGCGACCCCGCCUCUGAGCCUCAGUUUCCCCAUCUGGCUCGUGGGAGGCCUUUGGGGCGGUGCCCGGAGCCACGUGCCCGGCAUCCCAGUCUUAGUCCGUUGGCGAUCUUCGGGGCGUACCUCGCCCUUCUCCGACCGAGAAACUGAGGCCCCGGCAAGCUGUGCGUGGCCGUGGACGGGGACGGGCCGUGCGGUGGGCGACCACCCACUGUGCCCCGCCCCCACUGCAGGUUCAGAUGGCGGCGACCAGGCCGCCGACAGAUCCAUUGCAGGGCCUGAUGGCUUUUGAGGAUGUGGCUGUAUACUUCUCCAGGGAGGAGUGGAUGCUCCUGGAUGCAGCUCAGAGAGCCCUGUACCGCCAUGUGAUGCUAGAGAACUUUGCACUUGUGGACUCCAUAGGGUUCUCUGUCUCCCGACCUCCUGUGAUCACCCAACUCCAGCGUGGUGAGGACCCCUGGCUUAGCAGCAGGACAAAUAUAGCCCUGGCCAGGAGCACCCAUAGGAAGCCCAGCCUUGGAUCCGAUUGCCAUGCAAGGGACAGACAGCUUUCUGGAGAAACAGCACUGCCAGGGGCCAUCCCGGAUGGGAAACCUGCUACUGUGCUCCCUCCUGUGGGUGCCCACCCUGGUACAAAACUCCUGGAAGGACAACAGAGUGACUCCCCAUCUCAGCAGAGAAAAGCCACGGGGGUAUCUGUGAUCUACUGGGAGCAGCUGCUGCUAGGCUCCAGCCUGCGAUUGACCUCACCAGCGAGGCUUCCUGAAGGCAGUUCGUCCUUCACAGACCACCCAGCACCGGGGAAGCAGCCAUGGGCAGCAGAACACCAGAAGCCAGAGGUGCCACAAACCUUCGAGAGAGCCUUCCAGAGCGUCCCCAAUCUCCACCAGGCCGAAGAGGAACGUGGAAUGAGUGGAGCCUGGUCUCACAGAGACCCUGGUGCCCCAGAGCCCCCAACAUGGGAUGAUCUGGGUGAGGCCCUCCGGGUUGGCCCGGGUCUUCUUUCCGGGGACAAGCCUUUUGAAUGCAGGGCAUGCAACAAAGUGUUCGUGAAGAGCUCAGACCUCCUCAAGCACCUGCGCACCCACACCGGGGAGCGGCCCUACGAGUGCACGCAGUGCGGCAAGGCGUUCAGCCAGACAUCUCACCUGACUCAGCACCAGCGCAUCCACAGCGGCGAGACGCCCUACGCGUGCCUGGCCUGCGGCAAGGCUUUCCGACACAGCUCCUCCUUGGUACGCCACCAGCGCAUCCACACCGCCGAGAAGACCUUCCACUGCAGCGAAUGCGGCAAGUCCUUCAGCCACGGCUCCAACCUCAGCCAGCACCGCAAGAUCCACGCGGGCGGGCGGCCCUACGCCUGCGCGCAGUGCGGCCGGCGCUUCUGCCGCAACUCACACUUGAUCCAGCACGAGCGCACGCACACUGGGGAGAAGCCCUACGCCUGUUCACUCUGCGGAGCCGCCUUCAGCCAGGGCUCCUCGCUCUUCAAGCACCAGCGUGUGCACACGGGAGAGAAGCCUUUCUCCUGCCCGCAGUGUGGCCGUGCUUUCAGCCACAGCUCCAACCUCACGCAGCAUCAGCUGCUGCACACCGGUGAACGGCCCUACCGUUGUGGGGACUGUGGGAAGGCCUUUGCCAAGGGCGCAGUGCUGCUCAGCCAUCGGCGCAUCCACACAGGCGAGAAACCCUUCGUGUGCACACAGUGUGGCCGCGCCUUCCGCGAGCGCCCUGCGCUCUUCCAUCACCAAAGGAUCCACACUGGCGAGAAGGCCCUACGGAGGCCGAGGGGCAGUAUGUGCUCUCAGGCCAGGUCUCUGGGAGCAUCUUUAGACGGUGCGUCUCCCAAGGCCACUUCCACCUUAGGUGCAGCAGCGGUCCCCAAGCUAGCUGAGGCUUGAGGUCACAGCUCUGCCCUUGCCCAGCCUUCUGUGAAUCCCUUUCACUACUAAAGUACCUGUAUCCUCAGCAAAUCCCCAACUGGAAGCCCUGUGUGGAUGCAAGCCAGGGUGAGGGAGACCUUCAGCUUCAGUUCCGUUUACAUACAGGAACAAGACUUAACCAUUCAGCCACAGCUCACACCUCCAUCCCGAAAGAAGACAGAUCAAGAGUGUGGACCUGCCCCCAGGCCUGGUGGGGUCAGGCAGAGACUGAAGGCAGAAUCAGUGGGUGACCAGCGACCUCUACCUCUCUGCGUGUUGAUGCCACGUCGGUAUCUCAUGACUCCAGUAGAUAUGAAGGGGAGGAAAAGAGCGGGCAGUGGGUAGAGAGGGACGGAGGAAUCUGCCUGCACUCACACCAGCAGCUGGGAAUACACCCUCAGGACUCUGUUUAUUCAGGGUUUCCUCCAUGCGGGCCUCCACAAAUAAAUGGUUUAUUUCUGUGCCUCAGCUUCCUCCUCUGGGAAAGGAAAGGGAGGAGGGGGACUCUUUGGGUCCAAAAACAUUCUGACAGACAGGAUCUAAAUUAGACCCAACACAGUUGCACCUUGUAGGUGCUGCAGAGUUUCACGCAAAGCCUUGUGAACCCUGUGCUGGUGUCCCCACUUCAAAGACAAGGAAAUCAAGGAGCAUAGAAGGGUUAAAAUUGCCCAGAGCACACAAAAGAGCCAGAACUAGAAUUCUACAUUGCCUUGAUCCAUAAUCUGCCUCCUUCUAGUCUAUCAAGCCCAAAGGCAGGAAGUGGAGGCCUGUGGGGGUGACUGUGGCUCUCAGCACUGGAAGACAGAUGAAGGAUGCCUCUCUUCGGCCACACUCAUCUGAAUUCUCAUUCAAGCCUUGUCUCCAGUUCUACCAAAGCCCAAGCUGUUUGGAACGUAUGAAACCACAAUAACUUUAGAGGAAGGAAGACAGGACUGCUUAUUUUUGCUGGGCUCAGUCAGCAUGUGGUGCCCACCUAUUCUCCCAUGGUGGUUGGAAAAUGGAUGAAGAACUGAAUUUGGCCAUUUCCUAAGAUUUCUGAGCCCAUCCUUCCCAGUAUAAUGUCCCUGAAUGGUGGGGACAGAUGGGUGGGUGGGACUCAAAGUUUGCUCUCUGCGGUCUUGAGUAGACCAAGUCUCACUUGAACCUUAGGCCACAGCAGCAGGGAAAUUAAUGGUCUUUUUUUUUUUUUUUUUUUUUUUUUU